CUUUGAAUGUGCGGAUCAAGCAGCGUUUAGCGGCCACAGGACGCUGCGGCCAUAGACCUAGAAAAGCUGCGAGGACCAACAAAUUACGAACGACGUUCCAUAUCAUUGUACAUUUCCGUAGAAAUUUGAAUCAUGACUUCAUCCACCCGAAGGCAUCAAGGUCGAGAGACAACGGUUGGGUGCCUAAAAGAACAUUAACAUGAGGACGUUUCCCAGAGGCCCCAGUAAAGCACAACCUGUCCAUUUCCCUGUGUAGUGGUCCCCUCUGGCAGGAUUGCUUUCUACUUGCAGACACUUUCACUGCUCAGUGGCAUAUCCAUACCCUGGGUGAGAUAGAGUAUAGACACUAGCCCACAGGAGAAAGUCAACCCUUUCUUACAACGCACUCACUCUCCCAGGCCUUUUAUCCCUCUCAAAGAGCCCCUCCCUGGGGUCAUGCCUAUCCUACUCACUGCCGACGUCUCCUUCAGCUCCAAGCAGGAGCUGCUGGACCCCCAGGACGGCCCUAUGUGCCCCUCCCUAGAGACACCCAGCCCUGUAGACUCUCAGGAGGACAGCCCAGUGGGUUCAGGCCCCGGCAGCGCCGCUGGAAACAGCCCCGCUCGCCACAUCAUCCUCACCCGGGCUGCUACCCCACUGCCUGGACAGCUUUACACGGGCCAAGCACCCGCGGAGACCCCACUGGGCCUCACAUUCAUCCCCACACACUCAGAAGGCCUGUGUGGCUGGGGGGCUCUGACGCCCCGAGUCAUCCAGACCUUCAACACCCCUCGCUGGGUACUGUUCUUCCUGUGUGUGGCCUCCUUCCUCCAGGGCAUGAUCAUUAACGGCUUCAUCAACACCGUGGUGACCUCCAUAGAGAGACGUUUUGACCUGCGCAGCUACCAGACCGGUCUCAUCGCCAGCUCCUACGACAUCGCUGCCUGUGUGUGCCUGGCCUUCGUCAGUUACUUUGGUGGGACGGGGCACAAGCCUCGCUGGCUAGGCUGGGGGGUGCUGGUCAUGGCGCUAGGAUCUCUGGUGUUCGCCCUGCCUCACUUCACCACUCCCCCGUACCAGGUAAGCAUGCCCGAGCAGACAGGGGUGUGUACGGGGAACCGUACCAGACGUUGCCAUGAUAACGAGGGUGGGGGCCUGUCCAGCUACCGCUUUGUCUUCAUGCUGGGCCAGUUCCUGCAUGGGGUGGGAGCCACGCCCCUCUACACUCUGGGCGUCACCUACCUGGACGAGAACGUCAAAUCCAGCUACGCCCCGGUGUACAUCGGGAUCUUCUACACAGCAGCCAUCGUGGGCCCAGCUGCAGGGUAUCUUCUAGGAGGAUACUUCCUCAACAUCUACACAGAGAUCCACAUGACGACGGAGCUGACUCCAGAGAACCCUCUGUGGGUGGGGGCCUGGUGGAUUGGCUUCCUGGCGGGAGGCGCAGCAGGGCUGGUCGUCGCCCUGCCCAUCCUGGGUUACCCACGCCAACUACCAGGCUCUCAGAAGUAUGUGGCCAUGCGUGUGUCUGAGACCCACCAGCUGAAAGAUGGCAGUCAGGCCAGUGCAUCAGACCCUCAGUUUGGGAAGUCAGUGAAAGACAUGCCCAGGUCAGUGUUGCUCCUGCUGAAGAACCCUCCCUUCCUCUUCCUGUGUCUGGCGGGGGCCACAGAGGCUACCCUCAUCGCUGGCAUGUCCACCUUCGGCCCCAAGUUCCUAGAGUCUCAGUUCAGUCUGAGUGCAUCUGAGGCAGCCACCUGGUUUGGCUACAUGGUGGUACCCGCUGGUGGAGGGGGCACUUUCCUGGGUGGCUACAUCGUGAAGAAGCUGAACCUCCGUUGCCGUGACAUCAUUAGGUUCUGCAUGGUGUGUGCCGUCGUCAGUCUUCUUGCCAUCUUCAUCUUCCUCAUCCACUGUCCCAACGUCCCCAUGGCCGGGGUGACUUCCCCCUACCGCAGCAACCUGCCACCGGGUCAUCAGUACAAUGAACAGUACUAUGAGCCAGCCCACAACCUCCACAACAGUUCUUGGUUGGGGGACAACCUGAUGGUGGGCUGUAAUGCAGACUGUCACUGUUUACGAGAGCUCUAUAACCCAGUCUGUGGAUCCGAUGGUGUGAUGUAUUACUCCCCUUGUCAUGCAGGCUGCAGCACAGUCAACCACACGGAGGUCUCCACAGGUAGACAGGUGUACUCGGGCUGCAGCUGUGUGGUGGGGGGGAACGUCACGUCGGGGCAGGAGGGUCUGGCUCUGGAUGGGAAAUGCACCAGCUCCUGUAGUCACAUGCCAGCCUUCCUCACCUUCCUCUUCAUCGUCAUCUUCUUUACCUUCCUGUGUAGUAUCCCCGCCCUCACUGCUACCCUCAGGUGUGUCCCAGACAGUCAGAGGUCCUUUGGACUGGGAAUCCAGUGGAUCGUGGUGAGAAGUCUAGGUGGGAUCCCAGGCCCGAUAGCGUUUGGCUCUGUGAUCGACAUCUCAUGCCUGCUGUGGCAGGACCAGUGUGGAGAGCAGGGCUCCUGUUACCUCUACCAGAACUCUGCCAUGAGCCGCUAUACACUCAUCGCUGGCAUCAUCUACAAGGUUCUCGGCAUGAUGUUCUUCCUGCUGGCCAGUGUUCUGUACAAGCCCCCUCCAGAGUCGCCCCAGAGCAGCUGUGAGAGCACCGACCACGGGGCAGGGGAUAGCGGGGGAGAGACGGGGGACCUCUCCAUCAAGGACCUUCCACCAAAAAUCCUCACCAAUGUACACGCCAGGUUAUGAUGACUUCAGACCCCACCCACAUCUCACCGCGCGUGUGUGUGUGUGUCGUGCCACUGCAUCCUCAAUCACUGCCAGCCCACACCCGUCUCAUGGCCACUCCCAUCGCACAGACACAUCACUCCAGGGCAAGUCAUAUCUGAUCCACCCACUGAGCCCAACUUCAUCCCAUGGGCUUGCCCUCCAUCACCUCCCUGCCAGCCCACUGAACUUGGGGUUUGUGUGAUGUGAUGAAAGACUAGGGUCACAGAUAGGGUCAGAGGUUAUUCUGAGAAGUAGGAAACAUCUCCUGAUGGCUUUUGGGAUAUAAACCACUGAAAAGACACACUUGAAGGGAUCUAGUAAAUGUGGAUCAUGGAAACGUUACAGACGAUAGAAAUGUAAAGGUCAUUUCCCACAGAGACGACACAGAGUUUACCGUGAACGCCAUCUCCACUAACACGGGAACAUUGCCUUUACAUUUAAAUCACGCUGUAACAAUAAACUUCUACAAAACGGAUUGAAAAGAAGCUUUAAAUGAGUAUGAUAUGGGACAUUUUUUUUUUUUUUUUUUUUCCACCUUUAUUUAACCAGGUAGGCUAGUUGAGAACACCUUUAUUUAACCAGGUAGGCUAGUUGAGAACACCUUUAUUUAACCAGGUAGGCUAGUUGAGAACACCUUUAUUUAACCAGGUAGGCUAGUUGAGAACACCUUUAUUUAACCAGGUAGGCUAGUUGAGAACAAGUUCUCAUUUACAACUGCGACCUGGCCAAGAUAAAGCAUAGCAGCGUGAACAGACAACAACACAGAGUUACACAUGGAGUAAACAAUAAACAAGUCAAUGACACAGUAGAAAAAAAAGAGUCUAUAUACAUUGUGUGCAAAAGGCAAGAGGAGGUAGGCGAAUAAUUACAAUUUAGCAGAUUAACACUGGAGUGAUAAAUGAUCAGAUGGUCAUGUGCAGGUAGAGAUACUGGUGUGCAAAAGAGCAGAAAAGUAAAUAAAUAUAAACAGUAUGGGGAUGAGGUAGGUAAAUUGGGUGGGCUAUUUACCGAUGGACUAUGUACAGCUGCAGCGAUCGGUUAGCUGCUCAGAUAGCAGAUGUUUAAAGUUGGUGAGGGAGAUAAAAGUCUCCAACUUCAGCGAUUUUUGCAAUUCGUUCCAGUCACAGGCAGCAGAGAACUGGAAGGAAAGGUGGCCAAAUUAGGUGUUGGCUUUAGGGAUGAUCAGUGAGAUUCACCUGCUGGAAUGCGUGCUACGGGUGGGUGUUGCCAUCGUGACCAGUGAACUGAGAUAAGGCGGAGCUUUACCUAGCAUGGACUUGUAGAUGACCUGGAGCCAGUGGGUUUGGCGACGAAUAUGUAGCGAGGGCCAGCCGACUAGAGCAUACAGGUCGCAGUGGUGGGUGGUAUAAGGUGCUUUAGUAACAAAACGGAUGGCACUGUGAUAAACUGCAUCCAGUUUGCUGAGUAGAGUAUUGGAAGCUAUUUUGUAGAUGACAUCGCCGAAGUCGAGGAUCGGUAGGAUAAUCAGUUUUACUAGGGUAAGUUUGGCGGCGUGAGUGAAGGAGGCUUUGUUGCGGAAUAGAAAGCCGACUCUAGAUUUGAUUUUAGAUUGGAGAUGUUUGAUAUGAGUCUGGAAGGAGAGUUUACAGUCUAGCCAGACACCUAGGUACUUAUAGAUGUCUACAUAUUCUAGGUCGGAACCAUCCAGGGUGGUGAUGCUAGUCGGGCGUGCGGGUGCAGGCAGCGAACGGUUGAAAAGCAUGCAUUUGGUUUUACUAGCGUUUAAGAGCAGUUGGAGGCCACGGAAGGAGUGUUGUAUGGCAUUGAAGCUCGUUUGGAGGUCAGAUAGCACAGUGUCCAAGGAAGGGCCAGAAGUAUACAGAAUGGUGUCGUCUGCGUAGAGGUGGAUCAGGGAAUCGCCCGCAGCAAGAGCAACAUCAUUGAUAUAUACAGAGGAAAGAGUCGGCCCGAGAAUUGAACCCUGUGGCACCCCCAUAGAGGACCGGACAACAUGCCCUCCAAUUUGACACACUGAACUCUGUCAAAGUAGUUGGUGAACCAGGCAAGGCAGUCAUUAGAAAAACCGAGGCUACUGAGUCUGCCGAUAAGAAUAUUCGAAAGCCUUGGCCAGGUCAAUGAAGACGGCUGCACAGUACUGUCUUUUAUCGAUGGCGGUUAUGAUAUCGUUUAGUACCUUGAGUGUGGCUGAGGUGCACCCGUGACCGGCUCGGAAACCAGAUUGCACAGCGGAGAAGGUACGGUGGGAUUCGAGAUGGUCAGUGACCUGUUUGUUGACUUGGCUUUCGAAGACCUUAGAUAGGCAGGGCAGGAUGAAAAGGGGGAUGACUACAGCAGCUUUCCAAUCCUUGGGGAUCUCAGACGAUAUGAAAGAGAGGUUGAACAGGCUGGUAAUAGGGGUUGCGACAAUGGCGGCGGAUAGUUUCAGAAAUAGAGGGUCCAGAUUGUCAAGCCCAGCUGAUUUGUACAGGUCCAGGUUUUGCAGCUCUUUCAGAACAUCUGCUAUCUGGAUUUGGGUAAAGGAGAAGCUGGAGAGGCUUAGGCGAGUAGCUGCGGGGGGGCGGAGCUGUUGGCUGAGGUUGGAGUAGCCAGGAGGAAGGCAUGGCCAGCCGUUGAGAAAUGCUUGUUGAAGUUUUCAAUAAUCAUGGAUUUAUCAGUGGUGACCGUGUUACCUAGCCUCAGUGCAGUGGGCAGCUGGGAGGAGGUGCUCUUGUUCUCCAUGGACUUUACAGUGUCCCAGAACUUUUUGGAGUUAGAGCUACAGGAUGCAAAUGUCUGCCUGAAGAAGCUGGCCUUUGCUUUCCUGACUGACUGUGUGUAUUGGUUCCUGACUUCCCUGAACAGUUGCAUAUCGCGGGGACUAUUCAAUGCUAUUGCAGUCCGCCACAGGAUGUUUUUGUGCUGGUCGAGGGCAGUUAGGUCUGGAGUGAACCAAGGGCUAUAUCUGUUCUUAGUUCUGCAUUUUUUGAACAGAGCAUGCUUAUCUAAAAUGGCGAGGAAGUUACUUUUAAAGAAUGACCAGGCAUCCUCGACUGACGGGAUGAGGUCAAUAUCCUUCCAGGAUACCCGGGCCAGGUCGAUUAGAAAGGCCUGCUCGCAUGAGACAGUAUCUAUAGUAUGGGACAGUAUCUAUAGUAUGGGACAGUAUCUAUAGUAUGCGACAGUAUCUAUAGUAUGGGACAUAUAUUUAUAGUAUGGGACAUGGGACAGUAUCUAUAGUAUGGGACAGUAUCUAUAGUAUGGGACAUGGGACAGUAUCUAUAGUAUGGGGCAGUAUCUAUAGUAUGGGACAUGGGACAGUAUCUAUAGUAUGGGACAGUAUCUAUAGUAUGGGACAUGCGACCGUAUCUAUAGUAUGGGGCAGUAUCUAUAGUAUGGGACAUGGGACAAUAUCUAUAGUAUGGGGCAGUAUCUAUAGUAUGGGACAUGGGACAGUAUCUAUAGUAUGGGACAUGGGACAGUAUCUAUAGUAUGGGACAUGGGGCAGUAUCUAUAGUAUGGGACAUGGGACAGUAUCUAUAGUAUGGGACAUGGGGCAGUAUCUAUAGUAUGGGACAGUAUCUAUAGUAUGGGACAUGGGACAGUAUCUAUAGUAUGGGACAUGUAUUUAUAGUAUGGGACAUGGAGCAGUAUCUAUAGUAUGGGACAUGGGACAGUAUCUAUAGUAUGGGACAUGGGGCAGUAUCUAUAGUAUGGGACAUGGGACAGUAUCUAUAGUAUGGGACAUGGGGCAGUAUCUAUAGUAUGGGACAUGGGACAGUAUCUAUAGUAUGGGACAUGGGGCAGUAUCUAUAGUAUGGGACAUGGGACAGUAUCUAUAGUAUGGGACAUGGGGCAGUAUCUAUAGUAUGGGACAGUAUCUAUAGUAUGGGACAUGGGACAGUAUCUAUAGUAUGGGACAUGUAUUUAUAGUAUGGGACAUGGAGCAGUAUCUAUAGUAUGGGACAUGGGACAGUAUCUAUAGUAUGGGACAUGGGGCAGUAUCUAUAGUAUGGGACAUGGGACAGUAUCUAUAGUAUGGGACAUGGGGCAGUAUCUAUAGUAUGGGACAUGGGACAGUAUCUAUAGUAUGGGACAUGGGGCAGUAUCUAUAGUAUGGGACAGUAUCUAUAGUAUGGGACAUGGGACAGUAUCUAUAGUAUGGGACAUGUAUUUAUAGUAUGGGACAUGGAGCAGUAUCUAUAGUAUGGGACAUGGGACAGUAUCUAUAGUAUGGGACAUGGGGCAGUAUCUAUAGUAUGGGACAUGGGACAGUAUCUAUAGUAUGGGACAUGGGGCAGUAUCUAUAGUAUGGGACAGUAUCUAUAGUAUGGGACAUGGGACAGUAUCUAUAGUAUGGGACAUGUAUUUAUAGUAUGGGACUUUGGACAGUAUCUAUAGUAUGGGACAUGGAUCUAUAGUAUGGGACAUGGAGCAGUAUCUAUAUUAUGGGACAGUAUGGUAUGGGACAGUAUCUAUAGUAUGGGACAUGUAUCUAUAGUAUGGGACAUGGAGCGGUAUCUAUAUUAUGGGACAGUAUGGUAUGGGACAGUAUUUAUAGUAUGGAACAUGGGACAGUAUCUAUAGUAUGGGACAUGGAGCAGUAUCUAUAGUAUGGGACAUGGAGCAGUAUCUAUAGUAUGGGACAGUAUCUAUAGUAUGGGACAGUAUCUAUAGUAUGGGACAUGUAUUUAUAGUAUGGGACAUGGAGCGGUAUCUAUAGUAUGGGACAUGUGACAGUAUCUAUAGUAUGGGACAGUAUCUAUAGUAUGGGACAUGUAUUUAUAGUAUGGGACAUGGAGCGGUAUCUAUAGUAUGGGACAGUAUCUAUAGUAUGGGGCAGUAUCUAUAGUAUGGGACAUGGGACAGUAUUUAUAGUAUGGGACAUGGAGCAGUAUCUAUAGUAUGGGACAUGUGUCAGGAUUUGGCCAGGGUUGUUCCGGUUUUUGGUCACUAGAUGCCCCCAUUGUGCCUUUUGACCUUUUGUUUUCCCUUGAUCCCCAUUAUUAUUUGCACCUGUGCCUCGUUUCCCCUGAUUGUAUUUAAACCCUUUGUUUUCCUCAGUCCUUUGCUCUGUGUUUGUAUGUUAGCACCCAGCCCUAGUACUCUGUGAACUCUUGUUGAUCCCGGUGGACUCUCUUGUGGAAUUCUGUUUUUUGUUCUUGUUUGUUUGUUUUUGAGUAUUUUUUGAGGCUUUUUGUGCUAUACCUUCCACCUUGUGGAUUUACCUUUUUGUCUUGGAGGAUUACCUUUGUUCUUGUGGAAUUCCUUUUGAGGUUGUGGAGUUACAUGUUUUCCUGAAGAACUUCAUUUUUUACUUCAUUAAAUACAUCGUCUCAAGUA